AUGGCUGCGCUUCCACCACGCAAAAACCCGACACCUACCAAAAUUUCAAAGCAACACCUAACACCAUUGCAAAUUUUGCUCCAGAUGGGUUUUCCCAAGCAUAGAGCCGAAAAAGCACUGGCUGCUACCGGAAAUCGUGGUGUUCAGCUCGCAUCCGAUUGGUUGCUCGCACACGUAAACGAUCCUUUUCUGGACGAAUGUGCACCGCGCGAAUACAUACUGUACGCAUGUCCUACGGGCCCGUUUCUUCAGCAGCUGGAAAACUUUUGGGUCCAAUCGAGAGAAGCGUGCGGUUGGAACGGAGCCCACAACUUUACGCCCCACAUCACACUCGUUUCAUUUUUCAAAGCUCCCGACGAGUGUGCCCCACAGCUGUCGAAAGCGCUGAAGGAUCUAAUGAACCUUCCCGGUGCUCGUAUCGAUCGACCGAUCGGAUUGGAGCUGUAUACCAGCCCAAACUUUAUGGGCUUUUUCGUCGCCGAGGACGAUGCUAACUAUCUCAAACGGCUCGCGCUACAAUACGUAAAGGAAGUGUCCCAAUCAAUAAUUAGUGACACCUAUGAGCAGCUAGAUGCACUGGUAACCUGUUUCCCGUGGUGCGGGGGCGUAACUUCAGCUCGAUGUAUACCGCGUAGCAGUCGAUCCAUAUCGCUAGAACCGCACGUCAAGUCCUUACAUCUUACGUUGGCUUACCAGUUUCCGUCUGGCCAAUUUAAUGCUCUGAAAACUUUGGUGGAAAGUUUGGAUGCAUCCUGCACAGACGCCAACUGGGAACUCCGGCUGUAUUCGCGCGAUCCUCGCCUAGUCUCGAAGCAGGUGCACAAGGUGCUUUACCCCCAUACGCCACGUGAAACGGACGAGUUGGAACUGCGUAUCGGGGAUUACAUCUAUCUGAAUCCGGAAGCAAUACAGGCAUCCUCGGACGGUUGGGUUGAGGGUAUAUCGUGGCUAACCGGCACUACCGGGUAUCUGCCCGAAAACUAUACCGCAAGGACGGCGGAAUCGGAUGCGUGGACGAUGCACCGCACUGUGCCAUUGUGUGACACGCGUGUGCCAGACGAAAUAUCGGAUAUGGUGGACGGAGUGCCAAAUACUAGUACACCAAACGUGCUGCCGGAGGCGAAAGAUGGAGCAUUACCUGCGUUAGUGUCUGUAGGUCAGAGCGAAUCGCAACCAGACGCGGUGGUAGUAACUUCGGACAAACCGCAACCUGCAACGGAACAACAAACGGCAGACGAACGGAACAGUGGCAAGAUGUUCGGUGGUACCAAAUCGAUGGAUGACAUUCCGCUGGAAAAGUUACACGAACUGGUGAAAAAGCGCACCAACAUGCAGGUGAUCCCCGGCGAUGAAGGUGCCCAGUCGCAAACGGCUUCGAAAACACAAUCAAGUACCCGGAAGGUGUACAUAAUGCGUCAUGGCGAACGUAUCGACUUUACGUUUGGCACCUGGGUUCCGUACUGCUUUGACGAGGCAGGUAACUACAUCAGAAAAGAUCUGAAUAUGCCGAGAACGUUACCCGUACGUAAACCUAGCCUAUGGAAGAGGGACUCACCACUGACGAACGUUGGUCGCUAUCAGGCCCUGCUCGUGGGCGAAGGUAUGAAGGAUGCCGGAGUUCACAUAGAGAAGGUGUACUGUUCUCCCUCGUUUCGAUGCAUUCAGACAGCCACUUCAGUGUUAGAGGGACUCGGAUUAAAGGCUACCCUGCCGAUCUGCAUCGAGCCCGGUCUGUUCGAGUGGCUGGCGUGGUACCAGGACGGGAUCCCAGAGUGGCUUUCGAACGAAGAGUUGAUUGCUGCCGAUUAUAACAUUGCUACAGACUAUAAGCCCAUGACAACCGCGGAAGAUCUGAAAGAACAAUUUCAUGAGAAGCUGGGCGAAUUUUAUUGUCGCAAUUCGGACAUUGCGGAAUCGAUCAUCAGCAGCACUGAGGGAAAUGUGCUGAUCGUUGGACACGCAACAACGCUAGACACGUGCUCGCGAUUCAUCAUCGGGGAAAAGAUACGUUCAACCAACGAUAUGGGUAGAAUCAUGCAGAAAGUUUCCUACUGCAGUUUGGCAGUAAUGGAGUCGGAUGGAACGGCGGGAACAGCGGGUGACGCUGAUUCCAAGAACAGUGUUAAGGGCCAUUGGAAACUUGCGGUACCACCAUGCGAUCCAGUAACGCAUACUAACAACAAUCGUUUCGACUACAAAGUGCUAUCGGAUAAGCUAUAA